CCUUUCCGGCCAUGAGGGAGCGCCCUCCCGGCUGUAAGACUGUGUUUGUGGGUGGUCUGCCAGAGAACGCUAACGAGGCCCUCAUUGUGGAGGUAUUUGGCCAGUUGGGGGAGAUCAUCGCAAUUCGAAAGAGCAAGAAGAACUUCUGCCAUAUCCGAUUUGUCGAAGAGUUCACUGUGGACAGAGCCCUCUUCCUGUCUGGCUACCGUAUGCGUCUGGGCUCCAGUACAGACAAGAAGGACACAGGGCGGCUCCAUGUGGACUUUGCCCAGGCCAGAGACGACUUGUAUGAGUGGGAGUGUCGUCAGCGCCUGUAUGCCAGAGAGGAGAGACACCGCAGGAGGAUGGAGGAGGACCGUUUCAGACCCCCCUCCCCUCCACCCAUCGUCCAUUACUCAGACCACGAGUGUAGCCAGCUGGGCGACAAGAUCAAAGAUGAGGCAGCGUUUGAGGAGGCGGUAAACGUGCUGCUGACCUGGGUGGAACGCGGUGAGGUGAACCGUCGUAACGCCAACAACUUCUACUCAAUGAUCCAGUCGUCCAACAGCCACAUCCGCCAGCUGAUGAGUCACAAGGCCGCCCACGAGAAGGAGUUGGAGGUGGCCAAGGACAAGUUCAAGACCGCCCUGUCUGGCAUCCUGGCACAAUUUGAGCAGAUUGUGUCUGUAUUCCACGCUGCUUCCAAACAAAAGGCAUGGGACCAUUUCUCCAAAGCUCAACGCAAGAACCUGGACAUGUGGCGCAAGCAAGCAGAGGAGAUCAGAAACAUGCAAAAUGAAGAGCUGAUGGGGAUCAGACGAGAAGAGGAGAUGGAGAUGUCUGACGAUGACGUGGAGGAUACACACGAUCCUGACGACUCAGGCCCUGUGGCCCAGGUGGAGGCCCUAAAGGAAGAGAAUGACUCUCUGCGCUGUCAGCUGGACGCCUACAGGAACGAGGUGGAGCUGCUGAAGCAGGAGCAGGGCAAAAACCAAGAACACACACCUCCACAACACAGUGAAGAGGACACCAUCAGGCAGCAACAACUAACCUUUCUACAACAGGCACUACAGGGAAUGCAGAAGCAACUGCUGAAGAUGCGUGAAGAAAAGAAACAGAGGGAGGCAGAGUUGGAGAAGAGUGUGGAGGACAAACAGCAGCUGGAGAGCCAGGUACAGAGCCUCAAGGAAGGACUGGAGAAUCUGAAUAAAACACGCACACACCAGCUGGAGACAUCACCGCGAGAUGACAGAGGGAGCGAGGAGAGUGCUGAUCAAGUCAGUGAGGCGACAGCAUUAGAAGUGGUUUCCUGCAGUCAGGAGAAGGAGAGUCUGCCCCCAGAGAAGAUUCCUUCUCGUCCGGUUUACUCUGAGAGAGAGGCCUUGCUAGUUGGGAUCAUCUCUACGUUCCUCCAUGUCCACCCGUUUGGAGCCAGCAUUGAAUACAUCUUCUCUUACCUACAGCAGCUGGACACCAAGAUAAACACCGGACAGGUGGGGGCUCUACUGGGUCGGCUGCCCUGUACCUUCAGACAGGAGCUGACAGGGGUGGGUGCCAGCCUGGAGAAACGCUGGAAGUUCUGUGGUUUCGAGGGAAUCAAGACCACAUAGAGCAUUACAGAGGCACAGCUGAUAUCACAGGAGAAACAGAAGAAACAGCAUUAGGCUGCAUUAUGAGGACACUGAGGAAACAACCUCUGUGUACGUGACAGAGAGGGUGACUCGUCUCCAGGGUGACACCUCCAACACCACACUGCUCUGCUCUGUGCCCGACUCUGCAAAUCCUCAUGAGAUACUCCUCUGGGAUUCCCAGUGUUGUAUCAGUCCAAAGGUGCCAGGGGAUUGGCUGUUAGUCCAUCACAUUGGUGGACUGAACCGUUCUCAGAGCCUCUAACUGGUUAAAUCUGCUGUCAAUCAACCAAGACUACUACCCAGGGCCACGUUCAGUUGCCAAACGUUGUUGAAAGUUGCAAAUAGAAAUGCCAUGAAUAGCCAACAUGAUUCCUCAGUCAACGAGUUCGGAAAGGCAUGUUUGUUCUAUGUUGUACAUUUCUAUCGGAAAGUUCCUAAUUGUUGUGGUCUGCUGAACGUGCCCCAGGGAGGAUAUCAGGGUCUGCUGAACACUUUCCACCUCCUUCUGCCUUUCUCUUUUCUCUCUUUUGUUCCUUGUUUGGGCAAUUCUAUAAAUAGAUGGUAUAUAUUACCAUACUUUUUGUAUGGCAUCGUCAUACCAGAUGAUUUCAGGAGCUAUCAGGUGGUUGUUGUUUGUUUUCCAUAUGAACCAACUGAAUAUUCUAAACCAAUGUGUAUUCAGUUUUAAUUUAGUAUUCAGCGCUCUUUGUUUGAACUCAAAGAAUAAUCAAAGACCAACAAUUAGCAUUUCUUAUGCCCAAGUCUAGGUAGUCCCUCCCUGCUACAAUCUGCAUUUUUCUGUUUGGUAACUAAUGAACACAACCCUGGUAAACGUAAUGGACUUCCAGCAGUUGGCUGGGGUAAUAGCGUUUUUAUGAGUAUACUUUCAUGUGGUAGGGGUGUUAGGUAGUCUAGGUUAGAGCGUUGGGCCUGUAACCAAAAGGUCUCUAGUCGAAUCCCGAGCUGACAAGGUGAAAAAUCUGUUGAUGUAUUUCUUGAGCAAGGCACUUAACCCUAAUUGCACCAGGUUUGCUGUUGAUAAUGGCAGACCCGAGCUAUGAUCCCAAUCUCCGAGGGUGGAUGCAAAAACCACAUUUCCAAUUCACAUGUGUAUUAAUACACACUUGUACAUGUGUGAAAUAGAACAAAUAUAAACACUCACCAAAUUAUUAUUACGCAGUGCCUUCCCGUUGUGGCUAGUUCAUUUGAGGAUUGUUGGGAUUGUUUGUUUGUAUGUUUUUAUUUUCUUAUUUUACUUGAUAUCAACCAUACUUGAUGUCUUACUGUGUAAAACAAAAGUGUUAUCAUCAUAUACAGCAUAGUAGUACAGUGCCCCUGGAGAAAGUUAGGGUGAAGUGCAUUGCUCAAUGGCACAUUGACAGAUGUUUUCACCUUGUCAACUCGGGUAUUCAAACCACAGAACUUGCUGUUACUGGCUCAACGCUCCUGCCGUUACUUGACCAGCCAAUCAUUUGAUGUACAUUUUUGUGUCGUUAUUUGAAGAUGUUUGGUGAAGUGCGUUUUGAUAAAAUGUUAGU